GGGAGGUUCUCCGCGGCGGACUUUGCAGAAGAAAGGACCCAGAGCGAGAGCUUUCUGACCUACGGGCUUUCAACCAGUCAGUGGGGCUUGUUUAAGGUGCCGAGUUUGCGGGCAUUCGUUAUCCACGCAUAGAAAAGGUCGCCGAUCAGACGAGCCCAGCCCGAGCCCCUGCAUCUUGCGGCGCUGGGAUGGCCGAGGCCAGCGCGUCGCUCCCAGGCAAAGGUCGGGUCACAGGUGUGUCGGGUGAGGGAGGAGUGGUGCCCUUGGACCCCAGCCCCAGCUGCCUGGACCGAAUCCCGCGGGACCGAUUUGAGGAACUGAGGAAAGCCUGUGACGAGGAAGGCGAGCUCAGGCGUCAGGACGGCCCGCGUCCAAGGGCAGGUGAAGAGGCAGACUCCUCGUCACGUCCUCCUGCAGCCAAGAGACGGAAAGUGGCCACCAAGGGGAAGAGACCCGGGAAACGGGCAGUGGACGAAUUGGAGGCUCAGAAGAUGAGAACCCUCGUGUCUUCUAUGAGCCAGGAGCAGCUGGACCGUUACGAAGUGUAUCGCCGAUCAGCCUUCCCCAAGGCCACCAUGAAGCGUCUGAUCCAGACCAUGGCCGGCUCGACGGUGUCCCAGAACACGGUCAUUGCCAUGUCCGGAGUGGCCAAGGUCUUCGUUGGGCAGGUGGUUGAGGAGGCCCUGGACGUGUGUGAGAAGUGGGGGGAAACGCCCCCACUCCAACCCAAGCAUAUGAGGGAGGCUGUUCGGAGGUUACGCUCCAAGGGGCAAAUCCCCGGCAGCAAGCACAAGAAGAUCCUGUUCUUCUAG